AUGUGUGUACAGACGUGGAUGUUGUUUCUUUGGGCGCUAAGUCUGUCGGAUUUAGUGACAGGGAUCCUACCCGAGGACACAGCUACGCUGAGCGACUCUCAUGAAGACGCUCCCCCUCGACAGAACGACAAAUUUUCCCACCCCACGUACCCCUACCUUCCAGAGCACGGCAACAACAUUUACCCUGAAGAAAGGGAGCGCUUCACCCAUCGUUGUUCUGAAAGGCUGGAGACUGCUUUGGACCAGAUUCGACGGCGACAAAUAGCCAAGCAGAAAACCCUUAACCUCAAUGGAUAUUCGCUGCACCAACAACUCCGUAGCGCCCCCUACGACAUGUACGUGACGGACAUGAGAGUGAGACUGCCGCCUUCGAAUAGUUGGGUUCGCGUCGAUAAAUGCAGAUUCAAUCCCAGGAACUCCAGUCUGGAGACCAGGCUCUUAUUUAGUGAUCUCACAAUUAGCGGCAGAGUAAAUCUGUUCAACGAGCUGGAUUUGCAGAGGGAGCCCGUCACCCCCAACCCCGAGGAGUCCUGCAACAUGAUUUUGCGACUCAGGAAGGCAGGAAUAGGGUUUCACACCGAACCAAUCCGUCACGAUAGGGGGCAAUUCAACGUACGGACCGAUUCCCACUUCGUCGAGCCCGGUUUCAUUUCGGUGUACGCCUAUGGGUGUGAGCCGAGACUUCGCGAGCACAGGAGAAAUUUUCGGGAAGAAGACGAAGAGCUAUCCAGGGAGAUGGAAGAUAUUUUCCUCAAAGGUAUCCGAUCACUUCUGACUACGUAUAUGCAAAAAGAACUGCAGCCCGCUAUCAAGGAGACACUGAUGAGGCAUAUGGGAUACACGGUGUCCUACGGUUGAGAGGAUGCACGAUAUUUAUUGUAGAUAUGUAGAUACGAAUCAUAUAUUGUGUGUUGUGUGGCGAGAAUGUAUGUGGUAGGUGGAUUAUAACGUUUAAGCAUCGAUUUUUUAUUGCACAAAUAAACUUCAUUGAGAAUAAAACUACAGACUGACUUGCUAAAGAAUUUUAAGAUUUUUGUUUUUCAAAAGGGGAUCACCUCAAACUCGGAGACUACACGAAGAACACGAACACCAUGUAAAUAAAUAUCUUAUCAAAUUUGAGAGUAAAUAGAGGAGGGGACAAAUUUUGUCAAUUUUCCCGUAUAAGUUCGUGCUCCUUGUCUAGUCUCCCUGACCUGAAAUCUUACCUUUCAGUUCUACUGUCAACUAUAAUACAUGAACCAAGACCAGGGAACACGAACAAACUCUAACCUCUUUUCUCUUCUUCUUCUUUCAUAGUACUACCGACAAAGGGCGCUCAUAUUUAAAUAGAAAUAAAAGCCUACAGUACAUUUACUCUAUCUUUACAACAAGAAAAGUGUUUGUAUUACUUUAUUUAAGAAAUUAAAAUAUAAAUAGAAAGGCUAUUAAAAAAAAAUGAAUAAAAGAAUAAAUAACCAAUAGGCUAACUAUCAAAUUACAAUAUGAAAACGUAGAAAAACAUAUACCUAAUAAUGCUCAAUUUAAAAUAAAACCCACGCUAUUUACAAACCAAAGAUGAAAUUUGUCUUACCAUGU